AAAAAUGUACAAAUUAUAGGCAGAUCUAUAAGCUUGGUCGACAGUGACACUUUGAAAGAAGAAUACUGCGAACCAAAAUUUUUAACCCUUUUUGACAGCGAGAAGAACGUAAUUUUGAACAAAACCAUUGGGCAAUUUGAUUUCAAAUUCGACGAAGACAAAGCCACCUGCGGCAAUGAGUACACCUUAUCUCUAAACACUCAGGAUGCGGUCGAUCCUCUAUCUCUGAGCUACACUCCGACUUGUCCACCCCCAAAAAGUAAGAAAAUUUUGGACGAACCGUUGGACGAGAUCGAAUUUAAGAAAUCUGUUGAUAACUGCAAAUGUGGAGAAUACAAAAUAGAGCUCAAAAUGACAGACUCAUUGACACUCUAUAGCAAUUACACCUGCCAAUGCCAACUAGAAAAAAACCACUUACGAUUAGUGCUCACCUCAGUGAUAACAAUAUUGGGGAUUUUAACCGCGCUCGCCACUCUCGCACUUUGCUUUUAUUUGAGGAAAUUGAAGAAAUCUCAUCCAAUUCAUGAAAUGCCCAGCGUCCGCUUUAUCAAACAAUCGAAUAAACUGAGUACCGAUCGACCCACUUUAUCACUGUUAGAAGAUUCAGAUGUUAUAAUAGGAGACAGGCCAAAAGAUUCGAAGUCAACAGAGGUUGAACGGUACUUGCUAUCGGCCUUUGCAGGAGUAAACUUCCUCAAGGACCAGUUCGAGAAAUUCCCGCUUGGUCAAACGCAGUCCUGGGAUUGCGGCUUCAAACCGGAAAAUAAGAACAAGAACCGAUACGCGUAUUUGGCCGCUUACGACUGGUCACGUGUGAAACUGGUGCUUCUUCCUGGAGAUAAAAACUCCGACUACAUCAACUCCAACUACGUGGACGGUUACGAACGGCCAAAAGCAUAUAUUGCGGGCCAAGGACCAACGGCAGACACUCUCGAUGACUUUUGGCGAAUGGUUUGGCAGGAAAAAGUAUCGUUGAUUGUUAUGGUAACCAAUCUAGUUGAACGUGGAAAGAAAAAGUGUGAAAAAUACUGGCCCGACGUGAACCAGGAAAAGAGACACGGCCUCAUUUCUGUUCGCACCAUUAAUGAGGAAAUAACCGCCGACUUUAUCACGAGAGCUUUAUUGGUUUCACGCUAUGAUACUAACAGACUCGUUCAACAACUUCACUACACGAGUUGGCCUGAAAACGAAGUGCCGCCGUAUCCGCAGUCUAUGGCGAUGUUUGUCGAGAAAAUGUUUGAACACAAAGAUAAAAACCACCCAAUAUUGGUCCACUCCAGUGCUGGAGUGAAAAGAACAGGAACGGUCAUUUUGAUCGAUGCUUGCCUUCGAAUGGUCAGAUCGUUCGGCCGUAUCGACGUCGUCAAUAUUUUUGCUCGAAUGCGAUCUCAGAGAGCCAAUUUAAUCGACAAUUUGACACAAUACGAAUUCGCACACCUGGUGCUCUUGGAGAUAAUUGCAAAUCCAACUUUUGAAAUCAGUUGUGAGAAAUUCAGUGAAGAAUACAAGAAGCUAAAGGCAAACAACAGGAAGAACCUGAAGGAGAAUUUUUCUAAACUGAAAGAAAUCUGCGAGAGAGAUUUUCAGAGGGUGGAAACGCCUGUCAAAAACGAAACAGCCAAGUGCAGAAUCGCAGACUUUAUUUCCUCAUCAAACGCCAUCGUUCGACUGUUUCCUUACGAAAACGUAGUGACCACGAGUUUUAUCAACGCCGUCACCGUAGACGGAUAUCAGAAAGCCAAACAAUUUAUCGCGACGCAAGUGCCGAUGAAAAAUACAGUUGAGGAUUUUUGGAGGAUGAUCGACCAGAACAACGUCAAACAAAUCGUCGUCCUAAACGAACCGCUUAUUUCAGAUUCAGAAGGCGAAUUCCUACCAUCAAAAGAACGCCGGUUUACCUUUGGAAAACUCAAAAUUAUUUUGGAUGAUUUUACAGAGGAAAAGAAGUUCAAAACUCUGAAUGUGCAACUGAAUACGAGGGGAAUAUCCAAAAAGGUGAGCGUGAAAAUGGCCUACGACUGGAGGCCGGGGAAGGUCACCCCGCCAAACACGGAAUUGCUCAUUGAGCUAUGGGAUAGUUUGAAAAUCACGAAUGAUAAAGACGUCAUCACCGUUGUUUGCCAUGACGGAGUGACGGCCUGCGGCCUUUUCCUCGGCAUUGGUUUCGUGAUCGAAAAAAUCAAGUUGGAGAACGAGGUCGACGUCGGACUAGCGGUGCGGACUCUGAGGAAAUCGAGACCGGCGUUUCUUUCCUCAGAAGUCCAGUUUGGAUUUCUGUAUGAAGCAGCAAAAAACUACUUGUGCUCCUUUGACACCUACAGAAACUUCAAAUGAGCCAAUUAUUCUACAAACAUACCUUACACCUUAACAAUAUUGCUGAAAUUGAAAUUAUACAUAUUUAUUUAUCAAAAACCAUUGUGGUUUAAAUAUAAGUUUAGUCGAAUAAUGAAAUGCAUGAACUAUAAAAGUCACCAAACAUAAAACGGGUUGUAUAACAAUAAAGUCAUUACAUUAUCAGCCAACAAAA